GGUGUUGCCACCCACUUUGUUGGUUGGUGAAUUUGAUUUUGUGCCUAAGAACAUUAAAACCUUUUAAAAAUUGAUUCACCUACAUAAAUUUACUAUGAUUUCACAUCUUUGAAACAUCCAUGUUUUCUUUGUUACAGCUGUGGUCCAGCAAGACCCACCGUUUGCUCCUGAGAUGAGCCCCUCCAGCCCACUUUUAUCACCUCAGAACUCCACCUCCCAGAGUCCUCUACUUCAGCAAAACUCAUCUACUGGCUACCAGUCACCCGACAUGAAAGGCUGGCAACCAACAAGCGUGGGCAGCCUGUUCAGUCAGUCUGGACAGAGCGCAGGGCAGGCGUUUGGCCAGCAGGGGGUUUAUAACAACAUGAGCAUCACCGUUUCCAUGGCCGGGGGCUCGAGUGGCGUCAGCUCAUUACCUCCCAUUGGGCAGUCAGUUGGCAUGAGCAACAGUAACCUCAGCAACGUUGGUUCAGUGUGCAGCGACCAGCAGGUGCAGCAGGUCCAGGUAUUUGCGGACGUCCAGUGCACAGUGAACCUUGUUGGCAGUGAUUCCUACCUGAACCAGGGCUCCAUCGGAGCUGCGGCCUCCCAGAAGGGCCCCGGACCCCAGGGCUCCCAGAACAACCAAGCCCAGCAGAAGAGCCUCCUCCAGCAGCUGCUCACUGAGUGACACCCCCCACCUCUUCAGCUCUCCUACUCUAUCUACUUCUCACUUCUACACCUCCUCCUUGGAGGGUCGGUGCACCAGACCCAUUGCUGUCUCUGUCUCACCUUUUGGAUGGAUCGAUGUACGGACGGAUGGAUGUUUGGACGGCCACAGAGUAGGC